AUGGCCAAAAAAAGGAAAGCGACCCGCCCCGCGGAGCCCCAGGGCCCCAAGGAAAUCGAUCCCAAGGACGCCCGCCUGACCGUCAACAACUACAUGGACGUCGCCGAUUCCGAGGACGAGUACUGGUAUAAGAAGGAUCGCCUUGACAUCGACAGCGACGAUGAACCGCGCUCAAAGCGGUUGAAACGCCAGGACAAGGAGGAUGCUUUCCUGGAGCAGUCGGAUGAGGAGAUCUUCGAUGAUGAGUUGAGCAGCGAGGAGGAGGAGGAGGAUGACGAAGAUGAGAGGCGGGCUCCCACUAAGAAGGAUGGCAAGAAGGGUGCUGCGUUGGAUGACGACGACGAUGCGGAGCUGCUCGGGCUGGGGAAAAAGAAGGACGAUGAUGAGAUACGGGAUGAGGGGUGGUGGGGUUCAUCGAAGAAGGAGUACUAUAAUGCUGAUGCCAUUGAGACGGAGCAGGAUGCUUUGGAAGAAGAGAAGGAGGCUCGCCGCCUACAGGCCAAGAAGCUGGCUAAGAUGCAGGAGGCCGACUUCGCCUUCGACGAGGCCGAGUGGUUAGCUACUAAAGAUGAGAAGACAGGUGGUGACGAGGAGGUUGUCACUGAGGUGCUGAAGGAGGUGGAGGUGACAAGUGAUAUGGGCCCUGAAGAGAGGUACAACCUUCUGCAAGCGCGGUACCCCGAGUUUGAUUACUUGGUCGAGGAGUUUAGAGAACUUCGGCCACUGUUGGAGACGCUGCAAAAGGAGGCGGAGGGCAAGCCGGCCAAGUCAUUACCUGUGGUCAAGGCCUGGGUGUUGGGUUGCUACGUGGCUGCGCUGGCAAGCUACUUUGCCAUUCUCACAUCGCCGACAAGGGACGGCGAUGAAUCCAAGGGCAUCAUGAACCCCUCAGAACUGCGCGACCACGAGGUAAUGCAGACCCUGAUGGAGUGCCGCGAGGCCUGGCUGAAGGUGAAGUCCCUCCGGCCGGCCAAGGGGGCCGUCUCCGCCCACGGCAUGCUUUCUCCUCCCGAAGAGGGGGAGGAAGCCGGCUCGGACGUCGACAUGCUCGAUGAUCACGCCGUGCAGAAGCCCAAGAAGGCCAAGAAGCUCUCCAAGGAGGAGAUCAAGGCCAACAAGAAGAAGAAAGAGGAGGAGGCCAAGAAAGCCAAGGCCGUCGAGCAGUCGCUGGCCGAGCUCACGUCGCUGCUGCAGACUACGAAGAAGGCGGCCGUCAAGGCUUCUGUUGCCAGCAAGGCGAUGUCAACAGCCGCCACUUCGGGCGCCGACUCGGGCAUGGACGACAACCGCUCCGACUUUGGCGAGGAGGAGGAGCUCGAUGCCCGCACGGCGGCCGAGAAGGCCAAGCGGAAGAAGAGCCUGCGUUUCUACACGUCGCAGAUCGUGCAGAAGGCCAACAAACGCCAGGGUGCUGGGCGCGAUGCCGGUGGCGAUAUGGAUAUACCGUAUCGCGAGCGACUCAAAGACCGUCAAGCCCGUCUCAACGCCGAAGCCGAGCGGCGCGGCAAGCGCGACAGCAAGUUCGGCGCCGAUCUCGGCGGCGACUCGAGCGACGACGAAGAUGCCAAAGCCCGCCAAGUCCGCGACGACGAGGACGCCUACUACAACGAAGUGGUCCAGGCGGCGGCCAAGAAGCGGGCGGACAAGCAAGCACGGUUCGAGGCUCUGGCGGCGGCGCGCAAGGGGGACCGCGUCGUGGAAGAGGAGACCAUCGGGCCGGACGGCAAGCGGCAGAUCACGUGGCAGAUCCAGAAGAACAAAGGCCUUACGCCGAAUCGCAAGAAGGAGCAGCGCAACCCGCGCGUCAAGAAGAGGAAGAAGUACGAGGAGAAGCAGAAGAAGUUGCGGAGUGUCAAGGCUGUAUACAAGGGCGGAGAGGGGCCGGGUGGUUAUCAGGGCGAGCUGUCGGGUAUCAAAACGAAUCUGGUCAAAAGUGUCAAGUUGUGA